AUGAUCACUUCAUCCCAGUCCCCAGUCCCUAGCGGUCUCAUCCGCCACAUCCAUCUCAGAGGCAUCACUCCCUUUCACAUUGCUCAAAUUAUUCAAUCCACACUGGUUUCCAAUCUGCUUGAAUACAAAAAAAAGACCUCAAUUUCUCAGCAUGCUCACCCCAAACCUCCCGCCCCGAUUCCCACGAUUCUCACCUUUCAACCUACCCCCGUCUUUACCACUGGUCGGCGCGAGCUCAAAACCCCCCUCUCCGAAACUCUACUCAAAGCCCUCCGCGAACCCUUGACCCCAAUCUCCACCUCCCACCUCCCAACCAUCCGCAAACCAUUCACCACUUCCAAAAGUAAGGAACAGAUAGCCGAAAUUAUUCAAACGCCGCGUGGUGGACUCGUAACCUUCCACGGUCCAGGUCAACUCGUCAUUUAUCCUGUCCUCGACUUGUUGACUUUCCCUAAUUUGGGCCCAAGAUGUUAUGUCAACCUUCUGGAAGAAACUACAAUUCGAUGUUUGCGCGGCAUGGAUUUGGACAUUCUAGGUAGAACGGAUAAUCCGGGAGUAUGGGUGAACGAAGGGGAGAAGAUAGCAAGCUUGGGGGUUCAUUUAAGGAGAAAUGUUACUAGUUAUGGUAUUGGAUUGAAUAUGAUCUUGGAGAGGGGGUGGUGGGAUAGGAUAAAGGCGUGUGGGUUAGAUGAUAAGAGGAUUGUGGGGAUCGAUGAACUUCUCAAGGAUGAGGAGAAGUAUCAGAAGUUGAACGCUAAGUUGGGGCCUUCAAUAAAGGACGAGUUGAAAGAUGGUAGGUCUAUUGCUCAGUGGUGGGUAAGGCAAUUUGCAGAGGGGCUGGGGAGUCUUGGGAGAGGCGAGAAGUGUGAUGAGAGUGAUACUGCGGGCCAAAGUGGAAUCGAAAGUCAAGGUGGAAGUUUCAGUGAGGACGAAGACGUCCGAGAAAGGAAGGAUUGGACAGGCUGGGGAGACAUUCCAGAAGAGGUGAAACAAUUGAUACCAAUGGACAUACGAGGAGGAAAUGAAUUAAAGCUAAGUACAAAUGGCGGAUUCGUACAAUAUCAACAAUGGAGAUAA